AUGGGCACGACGUCGAGCAAGGGUUCCAAGACUAAGGCUGCGCUGCGCGCCACCAGCCCCGGCGCGGGCUCGACGCCGAGCGGAACCUCCCCCGCGCACCUCCGCGGGCAGCUCGCGCAGCCGAGCAUCAAAAACACGCGCCGGGUCCAGGAUAUUUACGAUAUGAAGGCGGUGCUCGGAACCGGCGGGUACGCGGUGGUGUGGAGCGCGGUGCACAAGACCACGCGCAAGGAAUACGCCAUCAAAGUCAUGAAGGCCACCGCGAGCGCCACACCCAAGGACGGCGAGGUCUCCGUCGACGAGAUUCGCAACGAGAUCGAGGUGAUGAAAAAACUGAAGCACGCCAACGUGGUGUACAUCAAAGAGUACUUUGUCCAGAACGGCAAGUUCUACAUCGUGAUGUCGCACCUCAGGGGCGGCGAGCUGCUCGACGCGCUGUUGGACCUCGGCAACUACACCGAGGAGGACGCCAAGAUGAUCGCUCGACAGCUCCUGGACGCCCUCGCGUACAUGCACCUCAACAAUGUCACGCACCGGGACCUCAAGCUCGAGAACCUCCUGCUCGCCAGGCCGAACGACAUAUCCUCCGUGGUCAUCGCCGAUUUUGGCUUGGCGAGAAACGCCAAAACCGCGAGGCAGGUUUUCCAGACGCAGUGCGGCACCCCGUCCUACGUCGCUCCCGAGAUUCUCCUCGGCAAGCCGUACACCCCCGCGGUGGACGUGUGGAGCAUGGGCGUGAUCCUAUACACCCUCCUCAUCGGUUCCUUCCCGUUCGCGCACGACGAUCAGCAGACCCUCUUCCGGCUCAUCUGCUCCGGCAAGAUGGACACCGCGCAGCCCGAGUGGAAUCACGUCUCCGACGAGGUGAAGGAUCUGCUCCGCGGCCUUCUCGACGUCAACCCGCUCACGCGGCUCACCGCGGCGGACGCCCUGAACCACACUUGGUUCACCAGCAACCUCGACUGCUCGUCCAGGGACCUGCGCAAGUCCCGUUUGAGGCUUCACAACUUCGCCGACGCGUUGAAGCUCGACGUGCGAACGUUUCGGCCCGGCGAUUACAUCGUUCGGCAGGGCGAGAUCGGCCGCGAGGUUUUCCUCAUCCGCGACGGGACCUGCGACGUCAUCGUGACCCACCCGGACGGUACCAGCACGCAGAUCGCGCAGCGCGGCAAGGGAGACUUCAUCGGGGAGAUGGCCGUCGCCAAGAGCGACGGUCACAUCGACGAUUCAGACGUCAGCCGCCCGGGCAAGGCGAGGACGGCGAGCGUCGUGGCGGCGAGCGCGGUGACGGCGACGGUGCUGAGCAGGGCGGACAUGCAGUGGGCGGUGGACCACGACUACGCCCUGGAGGGGGAGCUCGCGAACGUGGUGGAGACCCGGCGGUUGGAGCUGCAGCGGACGGAGAGGCCGUCCGUGGGGUUAUAGCGGCGGGGUCCGUCGUCGCGCGUGCUUUUUGCGUUGUUUAUUUAGUGGAAAGAAUUUUAGGUCUAAAGAAGUGUCGACGGUG